UCGUUCAUCAAAAUUUAUGUAGCGACUGUUCCAGAAUGCAAUCGUUGAAGCCUGCCAAGCCAUGAAUCACUCGUCUCUCUUCUUUUGUUCUUGUUGGGCUAGCAGAAUGACUUCUUCCUCUUUGUAGUAGGCGCUCUGCGUCAUUUGUUGAUUGAUAAAGAUGGUGGACACCAUUACUGCGACAAGUUUUGCUGUCCAUCUAGUUUAUCCGCCUCUCCAUCUGUCGAAAGAGUCCCCAACUUUGGUUUCUCCUUCUUCUUCUAGAUGGCCUCAUGUUCGACCUUUACCCAUUUCUCUAGUUCAAGAAUGCAAGAAUUUGAACCACAUCAAGCAAGUCCAUACCAGAAUCAUAAAAGAAAACCAUGCUCACACCGAUGUUCUUCUUGUUAAGCUCGUCGAGCAUUUGGUCAAUUUGUCUUAUGUACACUAUGCCCGAGAAGUGUUCGACAGAAUCCCCGAACCAACACCUUUCCUGUUCAACACUAUCAUUAGAGGGUACGCGUCCAGCGACGCUGGCCAAGAAGGGAUGCGCCUCUUUCUUCAGAUGCAGGAGAGAGGUGUCUUGCCUGAUAAUUUUACGUAUCCUUUCCUUCUCAAGUCAUGCGGUGGCAUCUUUGAGGGCAGAGAAGUUCACGCCCACAUUUUCAAAUAUGAAAAUCUAGCAUCUGACGUAUUUGCGCAGACAUCACUCGUCAGUUUCUAUGCGAAUAAUGGAGAUCUCGAAGCUGCACGCAUAGUGUUCGAUAAGAUGCCAAAUAGAAACACGGUCUCGUGGACGGCGAUGAUUACCGGGUAUGUGCAGCAGCAGCGGUUCAAUGAGGGACUGGCUUUGUUCCAUGAGAUGUUGGUUUCAGGGAUCGAGCCAAAUGAGUUCACUCUUGUCAAUGUGCUAUCUGCUUGUGCACAUUUGGGGGGCUUAGAACUGGGCAGAUGGGUUCACGAGUACAUUGGUCGAAAUGAGAUAUGCAUCAACCAGGCAAUUGGCACAGCCCUUAUAGAUAUGUACAUGAAAUGUGGGUGCAUUCAAGAAGCUGCAGAUGUGUUCAAAGACAUGUCUGACAGGAGCGUUUUCACAUGGAAUUCCAUGAUUGGGGGGCUGGCUAUGCAUGGCCAUGGAGACGAGGCUCUGGAUCUCUUCUGGAAAAUGCAAGAGUGUGAUGUAAUUCCUGACAAUGUCACAUUUGUUGGAGUAUUAUCUGCCUGCAAUCAUGCUGGUUUAGUGGAGAAGGGCAAAGAGUUAUUUCAUAGUAUGAAUCAUAAGUACGGUGUCGUGCCUAACAUCAAACACUACGGAUGUUUGGUGGACCUUCUCGGGAGGGCAGGUCAUGUGGAUGAGGCUUAUGAGAUUGCUAAAGGCAUACCCCUCGCGCCCAGUGGAAUCUUGUGGGGAAGCCUUCUCAAUGCUUGUUAUAUCCACAAAAGGGUGUCGCUGGCGGAGGGUGUAAUGGAAAAGCUCAUGGAAUUGGACCCUUAUAAUGGUGGGAAUUACGUGCUUAUGUCAAAUAUAUAUGCAGCUGCAGGAAUGUGGGAGGACGCUGCAAAGGUGCGGAAGUUCAUGAAAGAUAGAGGUAUUCAGAAGACACCUGGUUGUAGUUCAAUUGAGGUGGACAACAUGGUGCAUGAUUUCAUGGUUGGAGAUGGCACUCAUCCUAGAUCAAAGGAUAUCUACUUGAUGCUAGAUGAAGUUGCUGCGAGACUAAAGGCUGAGGGUUAUGUGCCAAAGACUAGUCUGGUAGUGCAUGAUAUCGACGACGAGGGUAAAAUGAAUGCUUUGUGCCAUCACAGCGAGAAGUUGGCUAUCGCCUUUGGGCUUAUAAGCACAGGUCCUAACACUCCGAUAAGAGUAGUGAAGAAUCUUCGAGCUUGUGAUGAUUGCCAUCUUGCAACCAAAUUGAUAUCUAAGAUUUACAAUAGAGAGAUAAUUGUGAGGGAUCGAAACCGUUUCCACCAUUUUAAGGAUGGAGUCUGCUCUUGUGGCGAUUACUGGUGAUCAGAUUGUGAAUCAGCUGUUGUAACCGUAUUCAAUGGCGAACAGUAUGAAUCUCUGUGGUGCACAUGUCUGAGACCCUACGGAAGCAUUUGGAACUCAAGGGCCUCUGUAGCAAUGGCACUGGUGGUAGGUUGACUAUUCACUUUGGGACAUUCACAUAUAAAUACUAUGAUCAACGCCAUUUAUAAACCGCAGGACUCUUUCAUUGACGCCAGAAACUUAGUUUGAUGUUUGUUUCAUACAUUAGAACACUA